UUCCUCGUCACGGGGGUUCGCUCGUGGUUGGGCACCGUGAAGCUCGGAUCACCGCUCCGCCUGCCCGUUGGCGCACCCGCCGCCCCGCCUGCGCAGAUUCCAGCACCUGGUGGGGCCAUGGACCCCGCCAUGGACUACGUCUCCGACUUGCUGGCCCCGUCCAGCGGCCUCGACUUGGCCAACUUGGCGGUGAUAGCUGGACUUCUCCCGCGAGACACAGCCGCAGACCUGCUUCGCGCCAUGGAUGCGGGCGGCGACGAGUUCGAGAGUGCGGAGGCGGCCGAGCACGCGCCCGCCGAUCCAGAUGAAGGCGCUGAUCCCGAGGUGCUCGCGGGGCUCGUCGACGACGACUUGGGCCCCUUGCGCCCAGAUGACGCGGUUGAGCUCGUCGUCGAGCCGGGGGCGGCGGCGCAUGACGGCCUUGCGCAGCCUGAGCCCGAUGUCGACAUCCUCGUCGAGUACAUCGACGAAGUCGCGGCCAUGCUUGCUCACGAGCCUCCGCCACCGCCCCCGGCGCCAUCAGCCCGAGUGGCCCAUCCCGUCGCCGCCGUCGCGCCAGCAGCCCCAGCAGCCCCGCCAGCGGCGCCGGCCGCCCCAACCCUGCCGCAGCUCCUGGCGCACCUGCAGCUGGACAUGCCGGGC